CGGUCCUGUCACUCUCUACCUCUCUCCACCACGCACGCACGCACACACGCGCCGCCGCUGCCAGCCUGUAUGCGACCCUCCUCGCGCCAGCGGGUGGCCGCCUGGCUGCUCGCGCUGCCGGUGGGGACAGGUGGAGAGGAAUGCGCGAGCCGCGGCCGCUUGGAGAUGAUCUCGUUCUGGCUGCUGUGCUGGAAGCUGUUGAGAGCCACAGCUGGUUUAAGGAGGACAACAGCUGAGCUAACUGACGGUAACCUCGACGACGGUAGCUCUGGCAACAGUCACCCUGCGGACGAUUCUUCCACUCCCACACAGCCAACCGAUCCAGUUACCAUGGAGAUCAGCUCAUCACCACCUCUAACAGACCUGCAAAGAGACAACCUAUUUAACUGCCGCAGCCAUGAAGUGGAGGAACUCCAUUACCCAGAGUUCCAUGGGUUGGAAGAAGCUGCAGAGGGGGAAAAUGGAAAAAGAGAUGGAGAUGAGUGUGACUAUCUUGUUUUUGAGAUAGGAAAACACAGAGUAGUGGAAAGUGAAGAAGGACAAGACACUGAGAGACGGGCAGAGGAGGAAGAAGAUGGAGGAAGAGGAGAAACCGAAGGAGAGGAUGAAGGGAGAGGAGAGAUAGAGGGAGAAGAAGGGAGAGGAGAAACAGAAGGGGAAGUUGAAGAGAGAAGAGAAAUAAAGAUAGAAGACGACGAUAGAGGACAAAUAGAGGGAGAAGAUAGAAGUGAAGAAGAAACAGAGAACAAAGAUUGGGGGAGGAGAGAAAUAGAGGGAGAAGACGAAGGGCGGGAAAAAAUCGAGGGUGAAGAUGGAGAAAGUGGAGAAACAGAGGGAGGGAUGAAAGAAGAUGCUCUGUCAGAGUUUCUCUUCAUCUCUGGCAGUCCACUGCUUCCCUUAUCAUCUGAGCCCCUGACUGUCCCCUUGGAGCAGCCAGCAGCGGCGGCCAUGUCGCAGGAUGUGUGGGGUCACGACCUUGUCAACACAGAUGACCUCAGCGAAGGUCACCUUAGCGACUGCCUCCAGGCCGAGUUGGCUGUUGUGUACUCCGACAGCGAUGCCGGAGACGACCAGUGGGCAGCUUUCACAGCCACUGAGGUGUCCAACCAGGAGCAAGCAUCUGUCGGAGAGAGCAAGGAAGACAAGAAAGUAGAGGAAGAUGAGCAGAGGCAAGAGGAAGAAAGGGAGGCAGAGGCAGAGAGUGGAAGAGAGAAGCAGAGAGAGGAGGAAACAGAGGAGGAGAGGAGGGGAGGCCAGAAUGAUGAGGAGGAUGAUGAACUGAUGAGGAGGAGAGAUCUGUUCCUGCGGUCUCCUUCUGCCAGCUCCACAGCCAGCUCCACAGACCCUGACAGGAGGGUUCCUGCAGAUUUCUGUGUGCACCAGAAGAUGCGCAGUGACAAUGUGUCCACUGAGCAUGUAGACUUUCUCUUGGCCCGUCAGCAGUGGAAAAGGAUGGAGGAGGAGGUCAAAGGUCGGCCCAUCCCCAAACCAGGGCUCAGAGCUCAGGGGAGCUUCCAGGGCACCCACACUUCACUGUACCCCCCAACUCGCAGCCCUCGACUCAAACACAGGGAGAUCAAUCCACCAGUUCCCAGGGAGCCCCCACUCUCCUCCACCCUGUCUCCCAGUUCAGAGGACUCAGGCCUGGAUGACUCGUCAUACCGCAGCCCCCUGGAGGAGCAGGAGAGCGCUGUGGAGAGAGAGAUCCGACUGACUCUGGAGAGAGAAGAAAGGCACCGUAGAGAGAGGGGGAUGAUUGCACAGGGUCUGAUUAUACCCAGACCAUGCAGCCUGCAGACAGGACGAUCUCCACCACGACCUCCCGCCUGCCGCACCCCUACUCUGUCCGUCUCCCCUUCCCCUCCCUGCUCCUCCUCCCUUCCCCGAUCUGUCUACCAUGAAAUGACAGCUAAUAACGUCAUCAUCCUGGAGCCCGACUCCUCCAGCUCCGCCUCCAGAAACCGCCUCAUCUCCUCCACAAUCGGGGGUCUUUCCGAUUGGCCGACAAGCCUGGAUGUGGUGCCCUCCACCAACGUCAUUGUCGUGGAAACCUCCAACUUAAUCAUUCGCAGCGCUUCUGAGUUUUGCCUGAGCUCCACUGCCCCCGUGACGAUGGAAACUCAGGAGAGCACUUUCUCAUCCAAUCCGUUUUUUAAGCUGCGCUCCAUCAGCAGCCAGUCACUGGUGGAACAGGAGAUCAAGAUAGUGAGGCAGAGGGAGGAGGAGUGGAGGAGGCAGAGGGAGGAGAUGUGGAAGAGGAGAAGAGAGGAGGAGUGGAGGAGAGGCAGAGAGAGGUACGAUACUGUGCUGGUGUCUCCGGGCCUGAACGAUAACAUCAGUUUCAAUGUGCCAGAGGUUCCAGACAGAUGUGUUUCCUCCCCCUCAUCCCCCUCCAGAACCCGCAAAAUGGAACGAUCCAGUUUGUCUUGUGACCACAAGUUGGACUGAUUAAUACUUUAAUCCAUUAGUUCACAAUUUAGCAAAUAUAUACAUUUUUCAGCUCAUUUUUUCAUCUACCCAUCACUUCUGCAUCCAUCUCCCCCACAAUUUCUCCAACUGUCCCAUCCUCUGUUCAUUUGGCUUUUUCAAAAUCCAUCCAUCCAUCAUCCAUCAUCCAUUCAUCCAUCCAUCAUCCAUCAUCCAUCCAUCUAACCUGGUUCCAGUGGUUUAGCUGAAUCUCCCCCUCCCUCCCAGUUCCCUACUUCCCUCUCUUCAGUGCCUCAACGACAGAACGCGAUGGCGCAGCGAUGGGAGGCCUCCCUCUUAGCCAAUCAGAAGAAGGAUUGAGCAACAACAGCCCUCAACUGUCAGCCAUUUAAAAGCCAUAAGGAAGUCCCACAGUUGUUUUAUUCCUUAGUUUGUUCAUAAAACAACACACAUCCCUGUCUGUCAGCAGCCACUGUCUACUGCAGUGCUUGUCAGAACUAUGGGUGAGAACCAGCGGGUUAGUCUGUUUUUUUGUGGGAGAACAUGUUUAAAGAGAAGGUUGGUUUCACAGAUAAAGACUUUUUAACUAGUCUGUGUUUUCAUUAUGUUUUUUGUGGCUGGAAUAAGACAAGUCCUGCUGUCAAAGUCAAAUGGAGUUUUUACUGUCUGAAACAGUAUGACAAUAGAGCAGCCUGACAUGUCACAGUUUGAACUUUUUCUUUAUUUAUAAUAGCUUUUGUGGACUUCUAUGGCACAUUCUUAGGAGGUGUUUAGUUAUAAAAUUGCAAUUAAAAUAAUACGACAGCUUUUGACACACAGGUCCAUAUUUUAUGGAAACUUUGGAAACAUGUCAAAAGCUGCUGUAUUCUCUUUCAAUAUUUAAUAUUUACUGCACUUUGAUUUCUAGAUGUUAACUUAUAGUACUCCUACAAAUAUUUAUUGCUAUUGAUUGAUUUGUAUUACUAUGACUGACUGUAAUGCAGUGAUUUUCAAACCCAUUCUGGGCAGCCACAUGUCAAUUUCAGAUCUUAAUUUAGAAGUUUUUUUAAAGUGACUACUUUGAAAGUACACCUUUAUUUCAAAAUACUGUAGCUAUGCAGUGCAGAGAUUUGAAACGAUACAUGCUAAAAUAAUUUAGCGUGUUCUUUUCGUGAUACAUGUAUUUUAAAGGUGCCUAUCCAGACCUAAAUGAGACUGAAAAUCACUGCCUUAGUUAUAAUGAGCCGUCAAUCAAAAGACUUGGAUGGUCGAGGUUUCCCUCUCAGUCGCCUGACAGUGCUAACUGUUAACAGAAUAUCAUCUGGGUCACAUUGCACAUACUAGAAUAUUGUAACCCAGAUAGAGUUCCGUUUUGUGGGCUUUUAUCAACAAAGUAGCAAGAAUAAAUAUAUGUAUACUUAUUUGAAAAGUAUAUUAAUCUCAAAGCUGCAUGCAGUGCAUUUUUUCCUUUGCUCUUUCAUCAGAAUAAAAGCAUACAGCAUAGGUCAUGGACAUUUUUGCAAAAUCUGGUGAUGCUCUACACAAAACAUACAAAGGCACAUUGAAAUUGGGCCUACUUUUAAAACAACAGAACUUUUAUCAGCUAGCUAUAACACUAAUUUGGGUUUACUCUGUUUGCUACACUCCACCAUGCAAGCGGACGUAGUCAGCAACCAUUAGCUUCUGAAGAAGUAUGUGGCCACAACUGCAAAGAAGAUUUGAGAAAUGAAAAAAAAUCCAAUAGGGAUACCAGAGAAAAAAGGGCGAGACUGUGUGCAGGCCAUAGACUUUAUGUAAAGAUGGAUUAAGUGUCUCCACUUCCUCCCACUAUCCAGAAAUGAAGCCAAAAUAUUUCGGAUACGAAUGCUGCCAUCUUGUGCCAAAGAUGUCACCUGGAGCCAGAGUCUGGGCACAGUAGGGAUCAGACCUUACCAGAAACCAAACUUACCAGAAAAGGUAGAUAACAUAUAGGCCUACUUAAACCUUUUAAUUUGGUCCAUGUCUCAUCCACUAACAUGGAGUUAGCAGGAUUUAUGAUGUAUACUGCAGCCAGCCACCAGGGGGAGAUCAAGAUGAUUUGGCUUCACUUUUGGGAAGCUGCCAUUGCAUCCAUCUUUAUCAACAGUUUAUGGUCUUUCUUUAUAGACUCAAUCUAUUUGUGGCUCUGCUGUUAUAGCAAAGAAAAGCUUAGCACUUCGGAAUGAGUCCAAUAUUCUAACCCUUUGUCUAGUGAAGAUUUCUACAUAUUUUUAUGUCCUGUCUUGAUUCCUAAAGAGAUUUAUUGUAUUGUAUUUUUGCUGCAUAUAUUUAUGAAUUGAACAGUGCUUAUGAAUCCUUGAAGCUUUUAUUUGUAAAAAGUUUAUAAUAUAUUGUGUCAGAGUGACUUAAUGAAAUUGGAAGUCUGCCGUGUUUUUUAGGAGAUGACGUUAAUGCGUGGUGUGUGCAUGUGUAUACGAGUGUAUGCUAAUCCAUCCUCCACACAUUCAGGGCGUUCUUUACUUUGGCCUCUGGCUCCAGAAUGAGCUCACUCACCGGAGGCCCCUGUAAAACAAGCUGGGCUCAGCUGUGGGAUAAAGGUGCAUUCAGGACAGCUCAGGAAUGGGAUGAUUUGAACUGCCAGGCUGAAAUGAUACCAGAUUCCCACGACAGAACUCUAACAGCAGCGGUUUCAGUUUAGCGUCAUUAUAUUUUGAUUUUGCAAACCACACACGUAGAAAUGUGGUCCAAGUAGAUUGUAACUAUGGGAUACCUUCUUGGUUCGGCUCACUCAAAUGUUUAGACCCUCACGUCAGCUUCAGCAAAAAAACAUUUUUACACAGAAUGGAUCACAGAAUGUCUGGGCCAGUAUCAAUAAAAUGUUCAGUCUAGUAUGGCAGCGUAAUAAAUGGUAAAUGGUCUGUAUUUAUAUAGCGCUUUUCUAGUCUUAAUGACCCCUCAAAGGGCUUUACAGUACAGUUUGCCAUUCACCCAUUCAUACAGUGCAUCUAUGUGCAGCACUUUCUCUAUCACACAUCACUCACACACUGCCGGCACAGCCGUCAGGGUCAAAUUGGGGUUCAGUAUCAGGACACUUCAGCAUGCCAAGUGAGGGAGACGGGGAUUGAACCACCAACCUUCUGGUCAGAGGACGAACAGCGAACAAAUUGAAUUGGAAGGAAUUGAAAAAUGUUAUCCUUUAAAGCUCCGAGCUGAGAUUAAUCAGAUUCUGAGAUGUGUUGGAUGCACAAUGAUACAAAGCAGGGCAAGUUCAAAGUUCCACAUGUCGUUGUGUUACUGUGUUCGAUUUACUCUAUGAUAGCACAUACUACAUGCUUCUGCACGCUCCGUGUUUGCCCUGGAGUUUCAUUAGAGUUGGGGUCUUGUGUUCACCUCCAUACCUGGUCUGAUUUCAGUUGUAGCUUUAGUGCGGUUCACGCCAUCAACGAUUUAAGAUACUUUAUUAUUAUUAUGGAACAGUAGAUUUAGUUUGGAGGAGAAAGUGUAUUUAGUCAUUAUGUUUCUUAAACGUUUUCUGAUUGUCUCUUGUCAGGUGUGGUAGUGUCCAUGCCACUUCUCAAUGAUUACAGGGUGACACACACCACUUGCAAUGAAAUUCUGCAUGGACUCAUAUAAACAGCCGUCCUGAUUAUUACACCAUUUCCUCACUAGUGUCAUUUAUUCUACUUAAUUUCUUCAUAUAUUUGCCUUGAGUUUCCAGUCAUUUAUUAUUGACAAAUUAAAAGUGUGGUGAUGACAUAUUUAAUAAAGCCUGUGACUCCUGAAA